AUGACCGAGUUGCAGGCCCGUCAAAAAUCUCAACGUUUAUUGAACAAAAUGAAAUCCAAUAACAGCCUUGCCAAGAAUGGCUCCAAGAACAAGCUUGAGCAGUUCAACCUCUACAAACAGAAGGCCAAAAAUAUAUCUAACCCCAAUGAAUUAUUACCUGGGUUAAAUGACAUAUCGGAUGCAUUUGAGGCGUUGCCUUUGGAUUUAAUCAAAUAUUUCACACUUUUGAAAGAAAUCGAUGCCAAAUGUAUCAAUACAGUUCCACAAAUUAACAAUUCCAUCAAGACCUACAUUAAUAAUCUUCACGACGAAGAGCAGAAGACUACAGACCCAAACUCAACUAGGCGUCUUUCUGUGAUAAGAGACAAGAUCUUGGAGAUUAUCCCAUGUCUAGAAGAGAAAAUGCAUGUUGCCUCCGUGGCCACCGAUUUGUUACAUAAGCACAUGUACAGGAUCAAUAAUGACUACAAGCUAAUCAUAAAUAAUAACGAAAUUCCCGAAUCGAUCAGAAUCGGUCCGUUGAAUCAUCCAGCCAUGAUCAUGGACAGCCAGGCGCCCAGCGAUUUGCACAAUCCGAAUAGGUCCGCUCAAAGUCAGAGGCUGGAGAGCAGAAGGGAGGCGCUAGCUGCCAAGAAAGCCAAUAAGGAUGACACGGGAACUGAAGACGACUUGAACAACUCAGCCAGUGUAUCCACAUUGGCAACAUUAACUGCAGGUGGGAAGAAAAAGGGCCCAAAGGGCAGAGAUGCAGUGCCGGCAAUGGAAAAGUCUGGAUCUGGAGUCGCUGGUGGGAGCGGAAAUGCCACCACAACUAAAAAGAGAUCAAGAAAGGAGUUGAACCAGGACGAACUCUCCAGACCAAACACUCCAAGCAAUGCCAAUUUCUCUGUGAAUUCAUUCAAAGGCAAGAAUGGGAACGCCAACAAUGGUGGUAAUAUUAACAAUAACAGCGCAUCCAGUGGCACGAAUAACCCAAACAGCAAUUCAUCUAAUUCCACAUUCAACAGUGGUGCGAACUCAUCUGUGAGUUCCAAUGGUGCAGUCAAGAAAAGAAAUACAAAGCCCAAGAAAGAAGAUAUAUUUGUCAAUGUGGAGAUUACCUCAACCAAUAACUCAGGCAACAAUAACAACAGUACCAGUUCAGGUAAUACCGAACCUACAUACUGCUAUUGUAACCAGGUAUCGUUCGGAGAAAUGGUGGGAUGUGACGGAGACGACUGUAAGAGAGAAUGGUUCCAUUUACCAUGUAUCGGAUUCAAGAAUCCACCAAAGGGGAAGUGGUACUGUGAUGACUGUGUGGUAAAGAUGAAGAAGUCUAAGAAGAUUUAA